AUGCGUUUCCUCUGGGGCAGCUCCGACGCAGGACCAAGCAGGCAACAGGACACCGCCGCCGCCGGCGCAGGUGACGCCACCCCGGCCGCGGCUGCAACGACCGCCAGUUCGUCUUCGUGCUCGUCGCCCUCCACUCCUGCUCCCAAGGACAGUGCCGCGGCCAAGACCUCCUCCCCGGCCCCAGAGCCCGCACACCUCCUCUCGCGCUUUGAGCGCACAGUGGCCGACGAGGAGAAGUACCAGGAGCAGCAGUACCAGACCCUCGAAGAGGUGCCCGGCUGCAUGCGGUUGUUCGACGAGUUCCUCAUGUGCUACGCGCUCGUCCCCCAGCUGCGCAACAUGUACCGCCACGGCGAGCUGCGCGACUGCACGUACAAGUUUGACGACUUCAAGUACUGCAUGAGCAUGAAGGGCGAGGACAGCGAGGAGCGGCGCAAGCUGUGGAUCCGCAGGCGGGCUGAGUGGUGGGCGUCGCGCCGCGUCGGCGCGUCCUCGGAGGACGUGUGGGAUGCGCGAACGGAGCCGUUGGACAAUUUCCCCCCACUCUAUCCCGAGGACCCGACGACGGCGAACAUGUAG